AAAGACAUGAAACAUCGGCUGGGUUUCCUGCUGCAGAAAUCUGAUUCCUGCGAACAUAAUUCUUCCCACAGCAAGAAGGACAAAGUGGUGGUUUGUCAGAGGGUGAGCCAAGAGGAAGUAAAAAAAUGGGCUGAAUCACUGGAAAACCUGAUUAGCCAUGAAUGUGGGCUGGCGGCUUUCAAAGCUUUCUUGAAGUCUGAAUACAGCGAGGAGAACAUUGACUUCUGGAUUAGCUGUGAAGAGUACAAGAAAAUCAAAUCGCCCUCCAAACUGAGUCCCAAGGCGAAAAAGAUCUAUAAUGAAUUCAUCUCAGUCCAGGCCACUAAAGAGGUAAACCUGGAUUCUUGCACCAGGGAGGAGACUAGCCGGAACAUGCUGGAGCCCACGAUAACCUGCUUUGACGAGGCCCAGAAGAGGAUUUUCAACCUGAUGGAAAAGGAUUCCUACCGCCGCUUCCUCAAGUCCCGAUUCUAUCUUGAUUUGGCCGACUCCUCCAGCGCUGGCUCAGAGAAGCAGAAAGGAGCCAAGAGUCCCGCAGACUGUCCUUCUCUGGUCCCUCAGUGCGCCUGA